UCUGUCUAAAAUACCAUGGCUGGCUCUUUCCAGCCAGCGCCGAGCGAUGGGCAUCUCUCCGGACAACUGGCACAAGCGCCGUAAGACCGGGGGCAAGAGAAAGCCCUACCACAAGAAGCGGAAGUAUGAGCUGGGACGCCCCGCUGCCAACACAAAGAUUGGCCCCCGCUGCAUACACACAGUCCGUGUGCGGGGAGGCAACAAGAAGUACCGGGCCUUGAGGCUGGACGUGGGGAACUUCUCCUGGGGCUCAGAGUGUUGUACACGCAAGACAAGAAUAAUCGAUGUUGUCUAUAAUGCAUCCAACAACGAACUGGUCCGUACCAAGACCCUGGUGAAGAACUGUAUUGUGCUUAUCGACAGCACACCGUACCGACAGUGGUACGAGUCCCACUAUGCACUGCCCCUGGGCCACAAGAAGGGGGCCAAGCUGACUCCUGAGGAGGAAGAAGCACUGUUUAUAAUAGCCAGGACAUGGAAGCAACCUAGAUGUCCAUCAGCAGAUGAAUGGAUAAGAAAGCUAUGGUACAUAUACACAAUGGGGUAUUACUCAGCCAUUAAAAAGAAUACAUUU